AUGAAGCUCGAUACCAAGGCCAUCCGAUACCUCACCCAGGAUGACUGGCGUGUGCUCACUGCGGUUGAGAUGGGCAGCAGGAACCAUGAAGUCGUCCCCACCCCUCUGAUCGGAAGCAUCUCGGGGCAGCGCGGAGGUGUGCAUCGGUGCAUUUCCAACCUGGCAAAGGUCGGCCUCAUAGGCAAAGUAAAGAAUGCGAAAUACGACGGAUACCGCCUGACCUACGGCGGACUCGAUUACCUCGCGCUGAACACGCACUGCAAACAGAACACCGUCUUCAGCGUAGGAAACCAGAUCGGUGUAGGGAAGGAGUCCGACAUCAUCGUUGUUGCCUCGCCCAGCGGAGUUCAGAGGGUCCUCAAGAUUCACCGUCUUGGCCGCAUUUCCUUCCGCACCGUCAAAGCCAACCGCGAUUACCUCCGCAACCGCUCCUCGGGGUCCUGGAUGUACAUGUCGCGGCUGGCGGCAAUGAAGGAAUUUGCCUUCAUGAAAGCCUUGAACGACAACGGUUUCGUCGUGCCCGAGCCGAUCGCGCAGAACAGACACACCAUUGUCAUGAGUUUGAUAGAUGCUUUUCCGUUGAGGACCAUAUCCAGCGUACCCCAACCGGAGAAGCUCUACUCAGAGCUCCUGAACAUGAUUAUUCGCCUCGCCAAGUAUGGUCUUAUCCAUGGUGAUUUCAAUGAAUUCAACAUUCUGGUUGAGGAGAAGGCAGAGCCAUCCAGUUCGAAUGACGUUGAUGCGCCACCGAAGAUUACGCUUAAACCUGUACUCAUUGACUUCCCUCAGAUGGUGUCUAUCGACCAUUCAAAUGCAGAGUACUACUUUGACAGGGAUGUAAACUGCAUCAAGCGAUUCUUUGAACGCCGUUUCCAUUUUGUCAGCGAUGAGCCUGGACCAUUCUUCAAAGACGCUAUCAAGUCAGUUGGCGAAGCUGCUGGAGCCAGGAGGUUGGAUAUUGAGGUUGAGGCGUCAGGGUUCAGCAAGAAGAUGGCAAAGGAAUUGGAGUUAUACAUGCGGGACGUUGGUGUGGACGGCGAUGGCGACGGCGACGGCGACGGCGACGGCAAUGCUGAGGACGACGGUGAAGGGUCUGAAGAGGAAGAGGAUGAGGAUGAGGAUGAGCAGACGGACUCAGCAGCGAAUGGCGAUGUUCUUGCAAGGUCUCACGACGACGAGACAGAUCAUGACCUCCACAACGGCAUGACUGUUCUCCACAUCGACGACGAUACUCCAGACAUUACACAUGACGACAUCCAGCUUUCUGCGAAGCAAGUUCCCCCGAAAUCGAAGGGAUCAGCAAAGAAAGCUUCGGGCUGGGCUAUAUGA